AUGGAAUCCUCGAAUCCACAUAUGCCGACACGCAAUCUCAGGACAGUGCAGCCUGACACUCGCCCCAUCAUUAUAUCCGGUCCUUCUGGCGUUGGCAAGGGUACUUUGAUCCAGAGACUGAAGGACAACCAUCCCACCAUCUUCUCUUCAGCCGUCUCACACACAACACGCCAGCCGCGACCUGGCGAGGAUGAAGGAGUUGCCUACUUCUUUCGCUCCCCGAUCGAGUUUCAAGAAAUUAUCCGGCAAAAUGAGUUCGUCGAACACACUUAUUUCAGUGGCAAUUAUUAUGGCACAAGCAAACAAGCCUUGGCUACAUUGAUGGACAAGGGGCUGAUCCCCAUCCUGGACAUCGAGAUGGAAGGGGUCAAGACCAUACAGCUCUCUAGCUUAGAAGCUCGUUAUGUCUUCCUUAAACCUCCAAGUCUCGAAACACUUGAAACCCGACUUCGAUGCCGCGGAACAGAAGACGAGGCAAGCAUCUCGAAGCGUUUGGCACAAGCGCAGCUCGAACUUGAGUUUGCGGAGACUGGAGCACAUGAUAUUAUCAUUAUUAAUGAUGAUCUUGACAAAGCAUAUCGACGCCUGGAAGAUUUUGCUUUCCAGCGUUAA